CAAAACGUCCAUCUGUCUUUAAAAGAUAAGGGGCUCCCAGAACAAUUCUAUUUGAUUUUGACUUUUUCAUUGCAUGCCUUUUCAAUUUGCUAUUCGAAGAUACAUUUUUCUUAUAAAAAAGAUUUGAUUUCUGUUAUACAUAAAAUUGUUGUUUGUCUUCAAGAUUAUUGCAGUUUGGUUCAGUUUUGCAGCGACUAUAUCUGAUAAUAUAUAAAAUUCGGUAUUAUGAAUAGGGUGAUUCUUAAUGUAUUUAAGUUCCUUGUAUCUGUAAGCUGUAUUAUGAGCAAUCAUGGUUCUGCAGUACUCCAAGAUGAUGAGUGCAGUGUGACCAGGUGCCCUGGCGGAGACGAAAUCAGAUUCCCUUUCCAUCUGAUUUAUCCGGAUAAAGAGAGGCAGCUGCAGUCAGAUCACUGUGUCUUUCCUGUUGGCUUUGAACUUUCUUGCGGGUAUUAUUAUCCAGUAGUGAAGUUUGAAUACCAAGUCAGUACCCCUCUUCCGGGACUCCAUCUUUCAUUCUCAGUUGCAGCCUAUAUCGAUUCCAUCGACUACAAGUCGCGCCAGCUCCACUUCAUAUCGAAAUCCACCAAUGUCUCGCAACACUAUGGCUACUACUUUGUCAAUUCUCCCUUCAAGCCAUUUACAUCAAGUAAAGUUAAAGCUCAAUUUACAUAUACUGAUCUUCGAACUGACUUUACCUUCUACAAAUGUUCAUCAACAAAAAGUGAGAUGGACAUAGAUGGUGUCGAAGUCCCUUCUUUGAGUGGCCAUGGUUUUAAAGUGUAUGCCAUCUAUUCUCACUUCCGAAUGACAGAAAUUGUCCUAACAUCUUGCACCAAAUUGUUUAAUAUUUCACAUGUCCCAUUUAAUGGUGGAGGACUGUCUUGGUCUGAACCUGAUUGUGGGGAUUGUGAAUCCAAAAAUCAGUACUGCAAAUUCAAACCAAACAGCACCACCGCCACAGAGUGCUUCCCAAUACCUAAAGGUCCAUUGUCUCAUAAACUUCUGGUAACAGGUAAAGUUGCCGGGAUCUUUGUCCUGUCAUUGUUACUUGCAGCCAUUUGUUAUGCUAUAUACUCAUACAAGCAAAAGAUAAUAUUCCAACAGAAGAUUGAAAUAUUUUUGGAGGACUACAAGUCUUUGAAGCCCACAAGAUACUCUUAUGCCGAUAUAAAAAAGAUAACCAAUCAUUUCAAAGUCAGAUUAGGGGAAGGAGGCUAUGGUUCCGUGUUCAAGGGACAUCUCUCGAAUGAUGUUGCAGUUGCGGUUAAGGUCCUAAACGAUAACGUUGAUGCCAAAGGAAGUGGACAAGAUUUCAUAAAUGAAGUUAGUACAAUCGGCUUAAUCCACCACGUCAAUGUGGUUCGCUUGGUUGGAUAUUGCGCUGAUGGCUGUAGACGAGCUCUUGUUUAUGAGUUUCAGCCGAAUAAUUCCCUCGAAAAAUAUGUCUACUCAAGAGAAAAUCAAAGGAACGGAUUUCUUGGUUGGGAAAAAAUGCAAAAAAUAUCUCUAGGCAUCGCCAAAGGGAUAGAGUAUCUUCACCAGGGAUGCGCCCAACGAAUCCUCCACUUUGAUAUUAAACCUCAAAACAUCUUGUUGGACAAGAAAUUCAACCCGAAAGUCUCUGAUUUCGGUCUAGCAAAGUUGUGUAACAAAGACCAAAGCAGAAUAUCCAUGACCAUGGCCCGGGGGACCGUAGGCUACAUUGCACCAGAAGUAUUCUCUAGGAAUUUUGGAGAAGUGUCAUCCAAGUCAGAUGUUUAUAGCUUCGGAAUGUUGUUACUUGAAAUAGUUGGAGCCAGGAAUCAUACUUCAACAGGCACAGAAAACGAGAGCGAAGUAUAUUUCCCUGAGUGGAUCUUCCAUCAGCUGGAGCAACGAGAGACUAUUACAAGCCCGAUUGAAGAAGACUUGGAUAGCAAGAUACGAAGAAAGCUAACAAUUGUGGGACUCUGGUGCGUAAAUUGGCAUCCAGCGGACCGGCCUUCGAUGAAACAUGUUAUUCAAAUGCUACAAGGUGAAGACUGCCCUGUGAUGCCUCCGAAUCCUUUUAGCUCAACAGGUUCGAGAAACGAAUUAGCAGGUGGACCUGGUAGAUUGUUUACCAGCGAGCUUGAAGUUAUUUCAGAAUUAGAGUGAUUAUUAUCUGAAGUAAGAGCAUCUCCAACGCAGGUCAUCUGUUAGCUUUAAAAUCUACGUGUCAGCCCAUAAACCUAAUAUGUAAAAAAAACAUCACUCCAACGCAGAGACCUUUUAGCAAUAUUUUUAGAUAUUUUAGCUAACAGUUUCAUGUUUAGCCUUGGAGAUGCUCUAAGGUCCUAGUCUCAGUGUUCUGUAAUCAUUGUCUCUAAAUAAUUUUUAUGUU